AUGGCCGGACCUGAGAACGUUCAGAUGGGAGGCGUCCCGCCUAGCCCAGGCAGCGAAGGACCUUCCACCAGCACCAGACCUGCGCUCACCACUGCAAAACAGGUCAUCAAGCGCCUCAAAGAACUCGAGGACGAGGCUCAGCAAACCCGGGAACAGAUUGUCGCUAUUUCGACUGCACCUAGAUCGACUGUUAAGUUCCCGGCACCAGAGCGCUAUGGAGGAGGAAAGGCAGAGCUUAGAGGGUUCUUACUCCAGCUCAAACCCUAUUUUCGUCAAUACCCAGACCGGUUUACCAACGAAGAGUCAAAGGUGAUUUUCGCGGCUACCAGACUUAAGGAGAUGUUUGGGGAGUACGAUGAGGCAAGGCGCGCGCAGGAAAGGCUCGCAAGCCUGCGCCAGACGCGCUCAGUGGCUGACUACGCAGCCUUAUUCAAAAUCGAUAGCCUGCGUAGCACCAUCAACGAUUGUGACAUAUAA